CCUGGUGGCGGUCGUUUUGUCGGCCCUUGGGUGCUAUCGCCCGGUCUCGGGUUCCGGAGCGGCGAGUGCAGAUCGAGAGGGUCCGAAGGGAGACUCUUGCCGCCCCAGGCCCAGGAGAGAAACCGCUCUUCCCGCGUCCCGCCGCCUCUCCAGCCGCUCCUGGCCCCGCUCCGCCCACGGAGUCCGAUGGAGGCAGCGCUGAGGGACCCGCCUCAGGCCUGUGUGACCUUUGAAGAUGUGGCCAUUUACUUCUCCCAGGAGGAGUGGAGGCUGCUUAAUGAGACACAGAGGUUCCUGUAUUGUGAUGUGAUGCUGGAGAACUUUGCACUUACAACGUCCCUGGGCAACAGAAGCAGUGUGGAGAGAUACUGUGUCCAGACAUGUGAUUUUGUGAUCCAGUCAGCAGUCCUCUUGACUCAGUGGGAGAUGGCCUUCAUUGUUUGCCAAUAUUUCCUGCCACUGAGAAGAGACGCCACCUCAAGUCUUGAAAAUCAAGAUAGUGGAGUCAUUUUCUGAAGAAUCGGGCAUUUAGAUUUUUAUUUGGAUUUUUAUUAUGGAACCAGUUUUUUAACCUCUGUGAAGGUAUGGAAUAACUUGUGAAUAUUCAAAGUGUACAGUUUGAGAAGUUUUUACCUGUAUACACUUGUGAAACCAUUAUUAUGAUGAUGAGUGUACCUGUCAACCUGCAUAUUUUCCUCAUGCUGUUUAUAGUCUCCUGACUCACCCUGGCUGUACAGAUAACCAUUUAUGUACAUUACAUUACAAUUGAUUAUAUUUUUAGAAUUUUAUGAUUGAUCAUGAAAUGUUUACAUCUUUUUCUGAUUUCAUUGAUGCUAUAUAGUUACUUUGUGAUUCAUUAAUUGUUCAUUAAAUGUUCAUUUAAUGAAUUAAUUGUGCAUUAAUUCAUUAAAUGUUCCUUACAAGAACAUUCUUAUUUCUCAGUACUUUUCUCUUCCAUGUAUAAUUGACUGUUCAUCCAUUCAUCUAUUUAUGGAUAUUUGAGUUAUUUCUAGUGUUUUCUUGUUGUACAGUCACUCAGUCAUGUCCAAAUCUUUGUGACCCCAUGGACUGCACUGCCAGGCUUCCCUGUCCUUCACCAUCUCCUGGAGCUUGCUCAAACUUAUGUCCAUCAAGUCAGUGAUGGCAUCCAACCAUCUCAUCCUCUGUUGUCCCCUUCUCCUCCUACCUUCUAUCUCUCCCAGCAUCAGGGUCUUUUCCAAUGAGUAGGCUUUUCACAUCUGGUGGCCAAAGUAUUGGUACUUCAGCUUCAGCAACAGUCCUUGCAAUGAAUAGCCAGGGUUGAUUUCCUUUAGGAUUGACUGCUUUGAUUUUGCAGUCCAAGGGACUCUCAAGAGACUUCUCCAACACCACAGUUCAAAAGCAUCCAUUCUUCAGCUCUCAGCCUUAUUUGUGAUCCAACUCACAUCCAUACAUGACUAUUGGAAAAACCAUAGCUUUGACUAUAUGGACCUUUGUUGGCAAAAUAAUGUCUCUGCUUUUUAACAUGCUGUCUAGGUUUUUCUUCCAGGGAGCAAGCGUCUUUUAAUUUUAUGCCUGCAGUCCCUGCCCGCAGUGAUUUCGGAGCCCAACAAAGUAAAGUCUUUCACUGUUUGCAUUGUUUCCCCAUCUAUAUGCCAUGAAGUAAUGGGACUGGAUGCCAUGAUCUUAGUUUUUUGAAUGUUGAGUUUUAAGCCAGCUUUUUCACUCUCCUCUUUCACUUUCAUCAAGAAGCUCUUUAGUUCCUUUUUAGUCCGAGGCACCUGCUCAUGUGCCCGCAGCCCAGAAAGUGGGGUCCAGGACGGUGAGGUUGUCGUAUGUGGACUAACGGACUGUCUAUGAGGCAUGGGACGGACUGAUGGGCUGUGUCUGAUGGACUGUGUGAUGGCGAGUGGGAAAGGGACCCACAGGCGCAGAGGCUUGGAGGCUGGACUGUGGCGGCAGUGUUAGAAAAAACUGGAAUCUGUCUUGUAUCUGCCUAGAGCAGAGAGUGUGAGGUGGAGUCUCACCUAGACUGUCAAGCUGAGAGUUUUGUGGGCUCACACAGUAAAGAAUCUGCCUGCAAUGUGGGAGACCUGGGUUCAAUCCUUGGGUGGGAAAGAUUCAUCAGAAAAGGGAAUGGCAACCCACUCUGGUAUUCUUGCCUGGAGAAUUCCAUGGAUGGGGGAGUCUGGCAGGCUACAGUCUGUGGGGUCACAAAGAGUCGUACAGGACUGAGCAGUUAACAAUUUCACUUUCACUUCUGAGAACCCAUUGAGCCAUGGAGAGUUGUGAAGAGAAGAAAGACACAGUCUGACUUAGGAUUUUGAAUGUUUUCCAAGAGCUACUCAGAGAACAGACUGAAAUGGGAGUGAUGCUGGCAGUGAGGUGCAGGGAGGGUGAGUCCUUGUCCAGCAUAGCUGCAAAGAGGCAGCUCUGCUGACUGAAGCAGAGAGUUCAGUCUUUUAACCUCAGGUUAUCUGGUCUCCAGGGCUGGGGAGAGGUACAGGGGAGGUUUGAACCCUUUGGAAUGCACCUCUAUGGCUUGCUUCUACUCACAGAUCCCCAUGGCUGAAGAAUCACUUAAUGGAACCUACACAGAGAAGUCGAGGGUGUCCCAGGCCCUCACUGGUUUGGAUCUCAUUCAUAGAACCUGAGAUUGUGGUGUCCUAGGACUCUUCGCCUGCCAUUUCCCCAGCCCUUGGGUCUGGGGACCUGGGAGAAAUAAUCUAGACUCAUUCUGAGUCCAGGGCAAAGGAUUUUCUGGAGGAAUGUUCUUUCUGCCACCAAUGAGAAAAGGUGUAGAAGAUUAUCUCGGGAACACCUACCAGCAUGUGCAAGUGCUUGGUUGGGUGGCCACAAGCUGGGAACAGGGCACAGAUCUUUCUUUUAGGAACAGAGUGUAGGAGGAGAGGAGUCAUUCUUGUAAUGUGGUUGCCUGUGAAGUUGGGCAUCUGCUGUGGAAGUAAUGCAGAUUUGGAACAGAGGAGGGAGAUAACCUUACUUCCAGGCUUUAUCUGGUUACAGAGUGGAAAACAGACUUUGGGAGGAGGAAGGUGGACCAGGGAGGAGGCUACUGCAGAAGUCCUGAUGCAUGGUCACUGACCAGAGUAGUGGCUGUGGAGGUGGAAGAAGUGGUUGGAUUCUGGGUUCAUUAUUUAAGAUGGGCUGCCCAGAUUUUCUCAUUUUGAGGGUGAGAGAGAGAAAGCUAAGAGUCAGGGUUGAUGGCAAAGCUUUGGUCUUAGCGACUGAAAACUUGGAAGCUUCAUUAACUUUGAGAUGAGAUGUUCAGUAGUAAGAGUGAUUUUCUGUGGAGAUAUCAGAAGUUUUUGUUUUUAGCUGGGUUUCCAUUCUGAGAUUUUUUUUUCAGAGAAAAAAUGAGUGGUGGCAUCAGGUGGACAGCUGGACAGAGAAGUCUGGGAAUCUGGGGUGCAGUUCAGCAUGUGUGUGUGAACUCAAUUGCUUCUGACUCUUUGCAACCCCACGAACUGUAGCCCUCCAGGCUCCUCUGUCCAUGGAAUUUUCUAGGCAGGUGUACUGGGGAAGUUGGCUAUUUUCUACUCCAAGAUCUCUUCAACGAGGGAUUGAACCUGUGUCUCAUGCUUGACAGGUGGAUUAUUUACCACUGAGCCACCUGCUAAGCCUGGUAGAGAGUUAUAGGUAUCUAAAAUUCACUUAUGAUUCAGUAUGACUAAUGUUAAAGCGAGAAUUAUAGACAGGUAAGAGGUUUUCAAAUGGUGUUGGGAUCCAUGAGAGGUCAUGGGUAGAACUGGAUACUGUUUGGUUUUGCCCUGUUCUCUGGGGUAAGUCCAAGGAGAUGACUAUGGUGUGGGACAAGGAAUUGGUAGUGGCUGCAGGGAUGCAGCUGUGGGGUCUGGAGAUGUGAGAGAGGUACAAGUGGAGGUAGGAAGCAUGAAUUGAUGGCUCCUGGGCCCUGGUAUAGGAUAUAUAAGGGUAAUGGGUAACUCCACAUUUUAUUGUGAGGCAUGAUAUGGAAGAUCCCAUGGGAAUUGCCUGGCAGGAAGGGAUGUUUAGUUGCUCAGUCAUGUCUGACUCUUUGUAACCCCAUAGUCUGUAGUCUGCCAGGCUCCUCUGUCCAUGGGAUUUUCCAGGCAAGAAUAUUGGAGAGGGUUACCUUUUCCCUCUGUAGGGGAUCUUCCCGACCCAGGGAUCAAACCUCAUUGUAGGGGGAUUCUUUGCCAGCUGAGCCACCAGGAAAGCCCUGGCAGGAAGGGAUUGAGUCCUGCAAUUCUAUCCCUGAGCAUCUCUCCGAUGGCAUCUCUUUGCCUCCCUGUGUGUAGUUGUUGAGGGCUGGACACAGUGAUGAGUGGAACCAUGAGUGGAGAGCAGUACCGGUGGCCUCAGGUUUUGGUAUCUCAUCUGAAGUGGAGAGCCCGAGAGAAACCUGGGUGUGGGGUAGAUGUAUGCAGGAUGGAUUGUGGAUCCUUAGGAGAGAGGACCAGCGGUUUCAUCUGUCCCCAUCAUGACAGGACAAUGUGACUCUGGAGGAUGUGGCUUUUCCUGGGAGGAAUGGAGCCUCCUUAAUGAGGCUCAGAGAUGCCAGUACCAUGACGUGAUGCUGCAGGUCUUUGCACUUAUAUCCUCACUGGGUAAGGCCUGCACAAUCACCCCUGUGACCUGGGCGAGACUUUGCCUUUCUGCUUUUCUUUAGGGGCUGCUCUGUCCUUCCUGCAUUCAAACCAAGGGGAUUACUUUUGUUCCUAGUUCCUUGGGUAGAUACUGUUGUUGCCAGGGCUGAGUUGUUUGCGCUACCCUUUUCUCUCCUUGGAGCGUCAAUACCUGCUGCCCUGAAGCCUAGUAGGAAGCUGAAUGGAUCCCGUCUUGCUUGUCCUUUCCAUGGUUGGAUCACUUUGCAGACCAUGAUUGCUUGGUUUGGCUCCCUUCUUCUCACAGUUCUUUCAUACCUGCCUGUGCUGAGAAUUGCCAUCACUGAGGUGGGCACUGCUUAGGUGCACAAUGAGCUAUUUUCCUGAUACCCUCAUCUGAGGUUCUUUUGUAACAUUUAGUUUUCUUUUCUGUGAUCGGUCAUGGGAUAAGUUUCUCUGGGCCAGUAAUGGCCAUUUACCUGUCUUGCCUUUCCCUCGGGACUUUAGUUUAUAGAAUGUCACCUCAAAUUCAUUUGCUUUUCUGAUGAUUUGUGAGUCCUAUGUUAAAAGUUUUACUUUUUCUAAGGAAUGCUCCAUCAUACAUAUUAGCAGCAUUUCUAACUGUAUAGUGUCAACACUGAGGUGAUUAUUGAUACUUUAUGUCUUACUAUGUUCUAUUCUAAUGAAUAUUUUAAUAAAUAUUUUACUUAAACUAAUUUUUAACGUGUGGCCUGUUCCUUCUGCCUUAU